AUGUCUCCCGCUGCCUUCCUCCUAUGCUUUACUCCGUCAGCUUUCCUGUACCACCUUCCUCCUAUACGGUCCCCACUCUCCCUGCAUACUUGCUCUAUAGCGGCAAGAAAUAAACUUGGACGAGAUAACCAAGCCAACUUCGGCCUUCUACGUUGCUCGAGAAGCAGUGUCAUAUGUAAUAGUCUCACCCACCAACGUGAUAGAGAAUCAGCAGCUAUUGACGUUUGCGCCGCCGCCGCCGCCGCCGCCACCGCCACCGCCACCGCCGCCGCAAAUGAGAUAGAUGAGAAGAUCAAAUCCAUUAGAUCAAUGUUGGGAUCUAUGGAGGAUGGUAAAAAUGAGAUAAGCAUCUCAGCCUACGAUACUGCAUGGGUUGCUCUAGUGGAAGAUAUUAAUGGAAGUGGUGUUCCUCAGUUCCCUUCUACCCUACAAUGGGUUAUGGAUAAUCAACUACCCGACGGAUCUUGGGGUGAUUUUUUUACCUUCUCUGCUUAUGAUCGGAUUCUUAGCACUUUAGCUUGUGUCAUUGCUUUGAAAUCAUGGAAUGUUUGUCAAGAAUUAUGGGAUAAGGGUAUAGUGUUCAUUGAGGAAAACAUUUCAAAGCUAGAAAGUGAAAAUGAAGAGCAAAUGCUUUCAGGGUUUGAGCUUUCAUUCCCUUCUCUUUUGGAAAUGGCUCGAAAGAAAGAUAUUCAAGUUCUCAAAGAUAGAACUCCAUUUUUAGAAGAGUUAUAUGCCAAAAGAAAUCGAAAAUUCUCAAACAUACCAAAGGAUAUGAUGCAUAGGGUGCCCACAAUUAUCCUCUUUAGCUUGGAAGGAAUGGCUGGUUAUGAUUUGGAUUGGGAAAAGCUUCUCAAGCUGCAGUGCAAAGAUGGGUCGUUCUUGACUUCUCCAGCAGCCACUGCCUUUGCACUCAUGCAAACUAAAGAUGAAAGAUGCUUAGAAUAUCUAAAGAAAACAGCUGAAAAAUUCAAUGGUGGAGUCCCUAAUUUCUAUCCGCUAGACUUGUACGAGCGUACUUGGGGUGUGGAUCGCUUGGAACGCCUUGGCAUUUCUCGAUACUUCCAAUCAGAAAUCAAGGAAUGCAUCAAUUAUGUUUAUAGGUAUUGGACUGAGAAAGGGGUUGGUUGGGCAAGAGGCUCAAGAGUUUGCGAAGUCGACAGUACAUCAAUGGGAUUCAGACUUCUGAGGUUACAUGGAUACGAUAUUUCACCAGGUGCAUUUGGGCAUUUUAAGGAGGGUGACGAGUUCUUCGUAAACUACGGACAAUUGAGCCAAUCCAUUACUGCAAUGUCUAACCUGUAUAGGGCUUCUCAGGUGUUGUUCCCCGGAGAGAAGAUCCUAGAAGAAGCCAAGGCUUAUUCAUCCAAAUUUCUUAGAAUAAAACAAGCUUCAGGACAGCUUGUCGACAAAUGGAUAAUAACAAAGGACUUGCCCGGUGAGGUAGAAUACGUUCUGGACAUUCCAUGGUACGCCAGCCUACCUCGCGUAGAAGCAAGAUAUUACAUCGAACACUAUGGAGGAUUCAACGAUGUAUGGAUUGGAAAGACACUGUGCAGGUUGUAUUGGAUUAACAACAAUGACUAUCUAGAGCUUGCCAAGUCAGAUUUCAACAAUUGCCAAGCGUUACAUCAGAUGGAGUGGACUACCACCAUUCAAAAAUGGUAUGCGGAAUGCAAUCUUGAUGAGCUUGGAGUGGGGAGAAGAGAGCUGCUUCAUGCCUAUUUUGUGGCAACAGCAAGCAUAUUCGAACCCGAGAGGGCAAGCGAGAGGCUAGCAUGGGUGAGAGUUGCUGUACUUAUGGACGCAGUCUACCUGUUUGUGAAAAUGGAUAAGAGACUCGUGGAAGCAAUCAAUACAACCCUCGACUGUAUCGCACGGGACACUCUAGUAGCGCACGGCGUAGACAUUGGACAUCAAUUGCGAUGCGCUUGGAACAUUUGGCUGCAAAAGGGAAGAGAAGGCGAAGGAGAGUUCCUAGUUCAGAUGAUAAACCUGUGUGGGGGACGUUUAAUCUUGAAAGAGCACUCGUCUCAUCCCCAUUACCAGCGUCUUCUUGAUCUCACCAGCACAAUAUGUUGCCAACUUCGUCCGUUAAUAAAUUCCAAGGGCCUUGAUAUGAACAAUAGUAUAAGUAUUGCUGAUAGCCCAAUAGAACCCCUCAUGCAAGAGCUGGUUCAACUAGUUCUCAUGAGCUCCCACGGCAUUGAUUCUGAGAUCAAGCGAGUGUUCCUCACCAUCGCCAAAAGCUUCUAUUAUGCUGCCCAUUGCACCAGUGCCACCAUUGAUCAACAUAUUGUUAAAGUUCUCUUUGACAAGGUUGUUUGACACUA